GGCGCACUACUUUGGCGCACAAAAAUGACGUCGAUGGUCACGUUCACUCAGCUGUUCCGUCACAUCGCACAGGCAGGAAAGGAAUUCAUUUAAAAUAUAUUUUAUCAAUCAUUUCAAGUUCAUUCUGUCGACAUGAGAAUACAGCUUUUCCAUUAAGCCCCGUAGCAAGAUGAGGCCCCUUAAAGACGCCCAGCUGGGGGCCUUCACCUUCUUUGCCUCAGCUCUGCCUCAUGAUGUCUGUGGGAGCAAUGGCCUUCCCCUUACCCCCAACUCUAUCAAAAUCCUGGGACGUUUCCAGAUCCUCAAGACCAUCACUCACCCCAGACUGUGCCAAUAUGUGGACAUUUCCAGAGGGAAACACGAACGACUGAUUGUUGUUGCUGAACACUAUGAAAGCAGUUUAAAUGAUUUCCAAAAACAGGGGAAAACAGCCAGCCCAGAGAAGGUGCUGCAGAUUGCGUAUGAGAUCCUUGAAGGUCUGGAGUUUAUGAACAAACACGGUAUGGUGCACAGAGCCCUCAACGCACACAAUGUGCUCAUGGACUGCAAGGGGAAUGUCAAGCUGGCAAAGUUUGGCCUUUAUCACAUGGCUGAUCAUGGGGCCGAUGUAGAUUUUCCCAUUGGGUACCCAUCAUACCUGGCUCCAGAGGUGAUCGCUCAGGGCUCCUUCCACCCCAGUGACUCUUCCCAUGACGAAGCUCCUCUGCCCUCAGGACCCAAGACUGAUGUCUGGUCGCUUGGGAUUUUGCUCUUUGAAUUGUGUGCUGGCAGGCGACUGCUGCAGAAUAUUGAAAUAAGUGAGAGAUUAAAAUUCAUUUUAACCUUGGGUUGCAUGGAUGACAUUGUGACUGUUCUUGCUGAGGAACAUGGUUGCCUGGACACCAUUAAGGAGCUGCCGGAAAAUGUUCUGGAGUUAUUACGGAAAUGCUUGACCUUUCUUCCAUCCAAAAGGCCGACCCCAGCAGAGCUUCUGGGAGACCCUGUGUUUAAUGGCAUCUCCUGCCUCUAUACGCCCUUCCAGAAGCCAGUUAGCCUGUUCUCUUCUUCCCUGCGCUGUGCACAUCUGGAUCUCCCAGAAGACAUCAGUGACCUUUGCAAAGAUGAUGAUGAAGACUACUUGUCGGAGCGGGCCAUAGAUGAGGUGUACCAUCUGUGGUGUCUGGCGGGGGGAGACCUGGAGAAGGAGCUGACCAACAAAGAGAUCAUACAGUCGAAACCUCCCAUCUGCACACUGCCCAAUUUUGUCCUGGAUGAUGGGGAGUCAUUCGGCCAGGGAAGGGAUCGGAGUUUCUUGCUUGACGACACUACAGUGACGCUGUCUCUGUGCCAACUCAGAAAUAGACUGAAGGAUGUAGCUGGAGAAUCCUAUUACCCUCUGCUGGAAGACGAACAGUCAAGUCUGCCCCAGUCCAACAGCAGCAAUGAGCUGUCGGCCACCGUCACACUGCCGCUCAUCAUCCGCGAGAGAGACACAGAGUACCAACUCAUCCGCAUCAUCCUCUUUGACAGGCUGCUCAAGGCCUAUCCUUACAAGAAGAACCUUGUGUGGAAAGAGGCCAGAGUGGAUAUUCCCCCUCUUGUUCGUGGCCUGGUGUGGGCAGGCCUGCUGGGCAUUGAGGGAGACAUUCAGGCCAAAUAUGAGAGCAUAGACAAGGAUACCCCCAUACCAACUGACAGACAGAUUGAGGUGGACAUCCCACGCUGUCACCAGUACGACGAGCUGCUGUCCUCUCCUCAGGGCCACAUCAAGUUCAGGCGUGUGUUGAAAGCCUGGGUCGUCUCCCACCCUGACCUGGUCUACUGGCAGGGUUUGGAUUCACUUUGUGCCCCAUUCCUCUACUUGAAUUUCAAUAAUGAAGCCCUGGCGUACGCCUGCAUGUCUGCCUUCAUCCCCAAAUACUUGUACAACUUUUUCCUAAAGGACAAUUCUCAUGUCAUUCAAGAGUACUUGACUGUCUUCUCCCAAAUGAUUGCCUUCCAUGACCCAGAGCUAAGCAACCACCUAAAUGAGAUUGGUUUCAUCCCAGACCUUUAUGCUAUUCCUUGGUUCCUGACUAUGUUUACACAUGUGUUUCCACUGCACAAGAUCUUCCACCUGUGGGACACACUGCUGCUGGGUAACUCCUCUUUCCCCUUCUGUAUCGGCGUGGCGAUUUUGCAGCAGCUCAGGGACCGUCUUUUAGCUAAUGGCUUCAAUGAGUGCAUCCUACUCUUCUCUGACCUGCCAGAAAUUGACAUCGAGCGCUGUGUUCGGGAAUCCAUCAGCCUCUUUUGCUGGACUCCAAAGAGCGCUACCUACCGUCAACAUGCUCAGCCACCAAAGGCCGCUGGUGACAAUGGAUUUGGGAAAACGGCAACGUACUACUCGUCUGACUAUCAGGACAUGCCCAAGACAGACCUGUCUCGGGAGCCUCUGGCGCUGUGUGACCUGAAAGCAGAAGUAUCCCCUAGGAUCUCAGCCGAGGACUUAAUCGACCUUUGUGAGCUGUCAUUGGCCGGGCCCACCAAAAGAACCAAAGCUGGCAAGCCCAAAAUCAUCGCUGUUGACAUCCGCACCGUAGAGGACUUCAGCAGAGGCCAUAUAUCUGGCAGCAUCAACAUUCCCUUCAGCACAGCAUUCAGCCCUGACGGUGAGCUGGUGCAGUGUCCUGCAACAGGAGGCCUACAGAACUACAGAGGACGUGUGAUUGUGAUCAUUAGCCACGCCAUGAAGAGUGCUGCUAUAUUUGCAUCACAUCUGGUCAAGGUAAAUUUCCCACGAGUUUGUAUCCUGGAUGGAGGGAUCAACAAGCUGAAGCCCACUGGACUCCUGACUGUCCCCUCCCCUCAAAUCUGACAACAUACCUCAGCUUUGCUUUAAAAAAAGGGAUGAGAGGAAAGAUUGUAUAUUGCGUUUUGAGCUGGGGAAAAAAACAAUGUCAUUAUUGUAUUUAGACUUUUUAAACAUAAAAUAAUAAAGCUGUGGUGCAAAAUGAAAACUGCAAAGAAAUAAUCUCCUUAUUAACCCAGUUUGAUUUCAUCUAAUAAUUCUAAAUAUACUUACAGGGAAAAUUUAUUAUUUUCAGUCUCAAAAAAAAGAAUGAUUGAAUAAAUAAUUUUUGGGGGCGGGGGGGCAAACUGCUAUGUGUUGUAGUAGCUUUGCACUGAUACAUUGAGCUGUCUGUGACCAACAUAAAUAUCUUGAUGUAUGUCAGCCUGACUGUUCGGAGCCAGUUGAUCCAGGGAACUCAUUGGCUUUGCAAAGAUAGAAUUUAUGGCAGAGCUGUUGUAAUUGCGGUAGAUUGUACAGGUGCAUCUAAUAAGGUGGCUACUGAGUUUAUGAUUGUGUAUGAAACAAUAAAAAACAAAACUAGUAUUUGCAUUUA